CUGCUGCAAUCUGUCGUGCUCAUCACUCUAGCAGCCAUCUGCGGCCGAUGGAGAUCCGAAAGACAGCCACGCACCUGUUCGGGAUCGAUUCUCCAAAAGACGACCAACCUCGGGCCUUCGAUUUCGUGCUGGUCCCGGGCAUAUAGCCCUUGUAGACGGGCUUGUCAGGACAAUGGGCUGGUCGUGUCGUCCAUGGGGCUAGGACCCACCGGCGGGGCUGCGCCUGUUGAGCACGGUGGUGGGCAUGAGGAGGAGCGGGCCCAUGAAGAGCCCAGUGUGCGGGGCGACGUCGGACGAGAAGAGGGAGGCGCUCAAUGGGCUGGUGAAAUUCUUGCCAGAGCUGGUGAAGGAGUCGCUGAUCAAGAACUUGAGGUGUACAGUACGGAGGAGAUGGAAGAAACGGUGGAUGCAGAGGCAAGUGUGGUGGAAGAGAUGCUGAGAGAGAGGAGGUUGUGUUUGGUGGACGAGAUGUAUCUUGAGUGCAGGAACGGGAUGGAUUUUCAAGAGAAGCAGUAA